AUGGCUGUACCUGGACCUCCUCUGCUCCUCUUUCUGUCUCUGCUGCUGCCGCUGCUGUUGAGCAAGGCGUCUCUGCCUGCAGCUGCAUACACACUCACCCCUGGACGACAGCCACAGCAUAAGCUCCUCCACCUGGACUGGCCCAGAGACUGUGGCAUGGCUCACUUCAAGCCCAACAUGGCCGAGAGGAUUGUGUCUGGGAACGAGGCCAGACCUCACUCCUGGCCCUGGCAGGUCUCUCUGCAGGUUCGUCCCAGGGGAAGUAAACACUACAUUCACGUCUGUGGAGGAACUCUCAUCCACAAGAACUGGGUCCUUACUGCCGCUCACUGCUUCCAAAAGGGUAAAGCCGAGGAUGCUGGGAGCUGGAGGAUCGUCCUGGGGAAGCACCAGCUGAAGCGCUCCGAGACGGCAGAGAGGAUCUUCCCAGUGAAGAGGAUCUACAGGCACGAGAACUUCCGUUACCCAGCUCACAGCGAGCUGGACUAUGACAUCGCCCUGGUGAAGGCUGGCACAGAUAUCGUCCCUUCGAACUUCAUUCGCUACGCCUGCCUGCCGCGCAAGCAGACCAGCCUCAAUCCAGGACACUACUGCUGGGUCACAGGCUGGGGAGACACCCGCGGCGGCAAGGAGAACGUGUCUCUGGCAGAGGCCCUGAAUCAAGCCCGCCUGCCCAUCAUUGACUUCAAGACCUGCCGGCAGAAGAAAUUCUGGGGCGACCGUGUCCGAGACUCCAUGAUCUGUGCCGGGUUCAGGGACACUGAGGGCCCACCGGCUGCAUGCCAGGGCGACUCCGGUGGUCCUUUGCUGUGCCAGCUGGGGCGUGACCGCUGGGAGGUGCAUGGCGUGGUGAGCUUUGGGCCGAUCGGCUGCACCGUGGAGAACAAACCCAGCGUCUUCACCCGCACCGCUGCCUACAUCCCCUGGAUCGAGGCAACACGCAUCAGGGACUUCUUCCUGCACUAAGCGGGGCCGCCUGACUCGGCGCUGACAGCAAACAUAAGCUCUGCUCUGUUUCGUGUCCGACGUCUGCAGACGACGACCAUCUGUUUUUUUUUUCUUUUCUAAACAGUCUCAUAGCAACGGUUCAACCAACAACCACAUUAAGAUGUAAAUACAUGUUCUGAAUGUGAAAUGAUUGUUUUCUAACACACCAUAUUUUACAGUCUACACUGUGCACUGCUCUGGCUUUGAAAAGCAGGAAGUUGCGGCAGAGCACUGCAGAGUACACACUACUCAUGACAUCCAGUCAACAUUUCCUUAAUAAAAUUGGGUAAAAGCAA